CUGCCCCUGCUGGAGGAGGAGACGCCGGAGAGAUGCUGGACUCUGAGGGGCUCAAACGUCGGCAUCGCUUCGGGUUUUCAUCCGCAGAAAGCUUCAGAGAAGCGGUGGAGCCCCAGCCGAGCAGUCUAGUUUGAGCAUGGCAGCUCAGACAAUGGGUGCUGUCUUUGACGUGAUGCCCCCUCUGCUCCAUGCAGAGUCCGUAGCUCUUGGAGGACCAGGAUCUGGUUCUGGUUCUGGUUCUGAAUCCUACGUUGAAACUGUCUCUGACCUCAAAAUGCAGACGCACGAGCCCCGCUCCUUGGGAUUGGAGUUUCAGGAGAGCCUUGCCAGUCCAGAGGACAUUGCUGCAACAGUUUUCGACGGGAGUAAUGGUGACGGUGUGUGUCGCAAGCGUGAGUUCACCCCCAGUGAGAGGAAAGACGAAAACUACUGGGACAAGAGAAGGAAAAACAACGAGGCGGCCAAGAGGUCCAGGGAGAAGAGGCGGGCGAACGACAUGGUGCUGGAGCGCAGGGUCCUGGGUCUGCUGGAGGAGAACGCUCGCCUCAAGGCCGAGGUUCUGGCCCUCAAGUUUCACUUCGGAAUGGUCAAGGAUCUGUCUGAUGUGUCCAUUCUGCCCUUGUCCACACCACCCAGAUUGACCCCCAGUUACACUGAUGGCCUCUCGUACUACAAAACCCAACACACCCGGCAGGGUGUGCAGCAGGGUGUCUGGACAGAAACGUUUCCACAGCCUGGCAGUAGAGACUCCAGCAUCCGUCCAUGUGUCCCACAGGCAGACAGCACCGGGUUUUAUGAUGACGCACUAGACGAGUGGGUCAGGCCUCCACCAACGCGGCAUCCACAGGUGUGUGAGGCAGCGAGCGAGAGAGCAAACUCAUCCGACGGACUGAGGAACCUCCCACACAAGCUCCGGUUCAAAAGUCCGCCCGAUGGGAGGACGUCGUCAUCACCUGACAACAGACCCGCCGGCCCACCUGUCGCCACGGUGGAGCCGAACAUCCAGGUAAAAACGGCCCAGCAGGUGGGAUGGGGUGGUCAGGCCACGGUCCAGGCUCCUUAUGAGCAGCAACAGAAGGUCCGGGACUCGUCCUGCGGCCUCGGUGACUCCUCGCCUCUUCAGAAGUCAAGCAGGAAGUUCUCAGGAGGAGAUGUGAGUCUGAGGUCGGACAUCAGCAGUUUGUCGCAGGAGGUGGCUCAGCUCAGGAGGCUCCUUUCCCAGCAGCUUCUCCAUAAAAUCCCUUGAAAAAAAACAUUCUGCUUAUAACAAAUCUCCGCUAAAACGGCAACGUUUUUUUUAGAACCAAUCUUUAUUUCCAUGCCUAGAUAAACCUGACAGUGACUUUUAAAUUUUAUUGGGUUAAUAUAGUAGUAAGAAGACCUUGGGGAAUGGGGAGCACUUUGAGAAAAUAAAAGAUGUAACAUUAAUUCUCACUGUUUUGUACAAUCUCAGCCAUAUUGUUUGUUUGAUGGGAUAUUUUUCUUUUUAAUUAUAAAAUUACUCUUGCUAACGUUGUAAUUAGUGUGAUUAAAAUAUUUUUUGCAGUGUUUUA